GUUUAUUAUCAAACUCAUUUUCAGGUUCACCAAUAGCUCAGUUUUUUUUCUGACUGUUGUUUGCUAUUUUCCCUUAAUUUUAGACACUUAGCUCCCUUUCUACGUUUAUGUGUGUUUCAGUCAUUUCUCUUCGUUCAACAAAUUUAAGAGUUGAUAGAUGAAUAGAUAAAUAGCGAAGUUGACCGUGUUUUAUUAUAUCAUCAGAGGAUCUCGUCUAAUUUAAGAACAAUCGAUAAAACUCAACUCUUAUAUGUCUACCACACGAUCUCCAAUUCAUAUCUUUAGGAUAAAAAAAAUCUAGAAUACGAGGUGAUCACAUUCAGGUUACAUACAUAUGUAUCAAUGUGUAUGUGUAUAGAUGCGACGUACAGAUGGGUAUGUUUUCCAUUUGUUUAUUGUGAUAAUUAGUGAUCUAAAGUUGGUUUGAAAAUUAUGUGUGUACAUGUAUAUUUCAGUUUGUUGAAAAGGAGUAAUAUCGGCGAAUAAAUUCUUAAAAUUUGAGACAUAUUUAGAGAACAUCUCACUAUAAAAAUCUUACUGAGAAAUACUUUUUUCCUACAAUUGAUAUUAAUUAUCAACAGCAGUGUUAUAAGAUAAUAUAUCAUUCCAUGGAGUUGUAAUCAGCAGAUUUCAGUUAUGAUAAAUAUCACUUCAUUAACCCAACCGGCUUCACCAAAUUCACGUAGAUCAAGUUCAAUCUCAGCACUUGCAUUGUAUAAUACUGCUGUUACGAGCACUUAUACUCAUCCAAAUAAUCCUAUUCAUAAUAAUUCAACUGUGGUGAAUCUUUACACGAGACAGUAUAUGCAAAAAAAGAAAUCUCAUCGAUGGCGAUUGGUCAGAACACCAAUUCCAUUGAAUCCAGUCUAUCGUAAAACAUUAUUUUUAGCCAUACUUAUACCAUUUAUUGGUGCAUUACUGUUUAUCGGAGCAACAUUAACACCAUAUUGGGAGAAUGUUCAUUUUAAAUUCAUUAAAUUGUUGGAACUAUUUUCAAUCAAACAAAAUUGCUCAACAUUCACUGGGCAUGAAAACGGUAACAUGUACAAUAAGUCACUAAUUAAUCAAACAGAAUUCGUAAUUUUAGAAGAUCCAAAGCGAUGGAUUAAUAACAAUAAUGAUAAUAAUAUUAAUAAUUAUACCUUAGAAUUUGUCAUAUUUCGUGAUGGUAAAAUAUUAAAUUGGAGAAUACUGAAACACUUAUAUAAAAAUUGUUUGACAGUUACAUAUAAAAUGAAUGAAAUCAUAGGUAUUGUCGUACAUUCAUAUAAACAUAUCACAUCUACCGAGAAUACUCCGAAGCAUUUAUCACGUGAAACAAUAACACCAAGAUUAUUCACUCGUAACAAAUAUACAUUCACACGACAUGAAUGGAUACAGUUAGUAGAGCAUGGGGAUUUGUUAGACGAUACACAGGAUGAUGAAAUGAACAGAAAUUUAUGGUUAAUUAUGAAUUUGCAAGCUGGUAUCUGGACAAUGUGUUUUCGAUUAGCAGAUGCUUACAAACCUAAACUGCUAGCCUACAGUUCAAAUAUCCAUCCAGAUUUAAACAUACCACUUGACUGUAUGUCAUAUCUACAAGCAAACUUAUCUGAAACAAAGAAUCUAUGCAUUCAAUUUCUUUUAAAAAUGCAGAAUAAUAUUAUUUCAUGCGUUGUGGUAGUCUAUCUAUCAGUUGCAGCAUCUGUAUUGAUCGGGGCGUUUUCAACUUUGUUUCGUGCUGUGCCUGCAGCUAUGGUAACCGGUGUAUUGUAUAUUACUUCUGGUGUCUUCAUUAUUUUCGCAAAUUGUAUACAUCAUACAAAAUUGAAUCGUCUUGAGUACGAAUGGGGUCCAUGCUAUCCAAUAUCACAAAUACCUCGAACAUUCAUUCAUAAUUUUCAUAUUCUUUCCAUAGUUAUAUACUCCAGAUAUUAUCAGUGUUCAUCCACUUUGGCCUGUGUUAGUCAGUUGGAUAUCAUCAUUUGUUUUCUUUAUUGCUUCAAUCAUAUGGCUUAUUCUUACACAAUUAAUGACUUUUGAAAAUUCUAAAACAAUGAUUUAAUUAAAAAAUUUUCCUUACCCGUUUUUUUCAACUUUCUUCUCUCUUCUCUCUUUUUUCUUCCUUCUCCUCUCUUCCUUACUAUACACGUAUAUUUUAAAUGAACAAAUAAUUCAUUCUUUAUUUAAAUGGAUAUACUAUCAGGCAAAUUUUAAAUUUCUCUAAGAUUAUUAUUAAAAUAGGUUUAAACAAUUAUGUAAUGCUCAUGUUUAUUUUGAUGAAUAUUAGUUUACUCUUUGUGUAUAACUUAAAAAUAUUGAUAAAUUUUACAGCGACAACAAUAAAAAAAAGAAAAAGAAAGAGAAACAAACAAGAUAGUUUACGUAAUCCAUUAUCAUCUAUUGCACAUAAGCAUUGCAUUCCAACUAAAUAUUGACUAUAUUAAUUACUUGUUCUAAAUAAUAACAAAAAUUAACAGAACUUUGUUCGUUUUUUUCUUUUCUUGUUGUGUCUUUGAGUUUAUAGAAUAAUAAUAAUAAUAAAAGAAAGUUUAUUUACAC